GUCCUGUUAUUCACCCGCAAACAAGAAAGUUGCCGGCAGAUAAUCCAUAUAAAUCAAAAUGUUUCUUACCCGAUCCGAGUACGACAGAGGCGUAAAUACCUUCUCCCCAGAAGGCAGGAUAUUUCAGGUGGAAUAUGCCAUAGAAGCAAUCAAGCUUGGCUCUACUGCCAUAGGUAUUCAGACAUCAGAAGGUGUGGUUCUUGCUGUAGAGAAAAGAGUGACAUCACCCCUCAUAGAACCUUCCAGCAUUGAGAAGAUAUUUGAAAUUGAUCACCAUAUAGGCUGUGCAAUGAGUGGUUUGAUAGCAGACUCCAGAACCAUGGUAGACAGAGCUAGGGUAGAGGCACAGAAUCACUGGUUUACAUAUAAUGAAAACAUGAGUGUGGAGAGUGUUACGCAGUCUGUCAGUAAUCUAGCUCUAGCAUUUGGUGAUGAUGAUGCUGAUCCUGGAGCUAUGAGUCGACCAUUUGGAGUAGCUCUGCUGUUUGCUGGGAUAGAUGACAAGGGGCCACAGUUGUUUCACAUGGACCCGUCUGGUACAUUUAUCCAGUAUGAUGCUAAAGCAAUUGGUUCAGCAUCAGAGGGAGCCCAGCAGACACUGCAGGAGGUUUAUCACAAGUCUAUGACACUCAAAGAAGCCUGUAAGAAUGCCUUAACUAUUUUGAAACAAGUGAUGGAAGAAAAGUUAAACUCAUUAAAUGUGGAGUUGGCCACCGUGACACCGGCUGCAGGAUACAAAUUAUUUUCCAAAGAAGAAAUUGAGGAUCUCAUUAAAGACAUAUGAACUGUUCAUCAGGAAUUAAAAAAUUAAUAUGACUAAUUGCAAGGGAAGGAAGUUGUAUAUUAUGAUGUAAAAUUAUAGUGCAUCAAAUUGCUGCAUUAAAAGCAGACUGAGUUGAACAAUGUAUUGUGUGCUGGACAUUUGUGAGGCAGGGGGAAAGUAGAAAAAAAAAGAACUUCAUAGAAAACAAGAUUUCCUAAAUUCUGAAGGAGACAAUAAGAAUUGUUCUUGUGAAAUGCAAGAUAAAAAAUAUUCUCUCUGAAGCAAGGAAGCCAGUGAGCUUUCCAGCAGUCAUUUUGAUGGUCUCUUUGAGAAGAGGACAGCCUCGUGUUACAGAUGGAAGGCUUGUUAAAAUUCCUAUGGCUGGCAUCUUGAUAAAAUCCCCUCUGCCACCCCUGGUCAUUGUCUUUAAACUGUGAAGAUAAAAGUUUAGUCAGACUUGAAUGCGCCCCAUUAUUGUGGACUGAGGAAUUUCUUUUUUUUUUUUUUUUUUUUUUUUUUGGGGGGGGGGUAAUUUAUUUCAUAGAGAUGGCAGCACCACAAUAUAAUUUGAAAAACAAUUUGUAAGUACCAAUAAAUGAUGUCAUUUUCCUAAA